AUGAGGCUCUACACCGAAUUCCUGUUCUCCCUUCUGCUCUUUUCGUACAUCUCUCACGCAGCCCCAGUCUCGCAAGACGACGAGGGAGCCUUCACCUCUUCGGGUGCCAAAAAAUUAACAACCCUUGCAGACGCAUUAUCCGGGAACUUUAGCUACUCGGAAAGUAUCGUGCAAUGGAUUCCUGCUGGGAAUUACUCCGACGGGACAUACGUUGUGCAGGAUUCCUCAACGCUGAGCCUAAUGCUGUGGGAUAUCGCCAAGAAUGCUAGUAGCGUUUUCGUCGAUGCCACCGAGUUGGGGAUAGACUACGAGAAGUAUAUCAUCCAACCUUCUGGGAAGCACGUCCUGUUUAGCGGGAACGCCACCCUAGCAUACCGCGGCUCGUAUAUCGCGGAUUACUAUGUUUGGAGUGUGGAGAGUAAGACCUUGGUUCCCCUUGUCGAGGGACAGAGUGGAGAUGUGCAGUCUGCGAUGUGGAGCCCCCAUGGUGAUGUAAUUGCCUAUGUCCGGGGGGGUGAUUUGUUUAUUUGGAAGGACGGGGUGAGUACUAGGGCUACCAACGAUGGUGGGGGGAAUGUGUUUAAUGGGGCGCCGGGUUGGAUAUAUGACGGGGGUUUGUAAUCCCCCCCUAAAAAAUUCCCGUGGGAAGCUGGAAUUAAUGGUUUAACGCUUUUCUUUGGUGGGGAGUUAGGUCUCCUCGGGCAGAUGGAGGCAUUCUGGUUCUCACCGGAUGGGGAAUAUCUUGCUUUCUUGAAGUUUAAUGAGACGGAA